CCAGCCUCCAUUGUUCAUACAGCUCCUCACUAACCACCCUCCAUUGUUCAUACAGCUCCUCACUAACCACCGUCUAUUGUCUGCAGGUCCUGGCUCUGCUGAAUGAACAGGAAGUGAAAGCCCUGGUUUCCACGCGGGCUAUCAUACCUCGCACCUUCGUACUCAAGCCCGGAAUGAGUCUCUUUGUGGGAGCUCUUGCUCGGAUCGACUUCCUGCAGGGCGAGCAGUCCUGCUGGUUCUCUGUGCUGACCUCUGCUGACCUGCCUCUUCACCUCACCACUGUGGACAAGGCACUCAGUGUCUACCAGAAACAUGCUGGACAUCAGCUGCUGGGGGUGCCAGCAGGAGGAGCAGAUCGCAUGAAGGACUUCCCGGCGUUGGUUCCUCAAGAGUUCCGGCUGGAAGGGCGAGGUCACACGGAGGCCGUGGCCGACAUCAAGCUGUCGUCCGCAGGCUGGGUGGCGGUGACUGCAGGGCAGGGUCAGCAGCUGCUGGUGGCGGUCCAUGGCCCGCCCUCGCUGGCCUACGGUCUGAGGACGCCGCCGCUGCUUCCACACGUGGUCUUGCUGAAGGGAGCACGGAUCCCCGGAUCGGCCGCCUACAAGGUCAUGAAGCCGUCGGGGAUGCUGGACCUUGGACUGUCCGCACGUGCGGCCUACAGGCAGAAAGCUAAGGCCAAGAAGAAAUGAGAGGAAGUGACGUUUGCACCUGGGGAGAGGCCCCUCCCAUCUCCAAGGACAUGCACCUGGGGAGAGGCCCCUCCCAUCUCCAAGGACAUGCACCUGGGGAGAGGCCCCUCCCACCUCCAAAGACAUGCACCUGGGGAGAGGCCCCUCCCAUCUCCAAGGACAUGCACCUGGGGAGAGGCCCCUCCCACCUCCAAAGACAUGCACCUGGGGAUAGGUUUAUUGGCAACACUGAAUGGUCCCUAGUGUGUGAAUGUUGUCUGUCUAUCUGUGUUGGCCCCGGGAUGAGGUGGCGACUUGUCCAGGGUGUACACCGCCUUCCGCCCGAUUGUAGCUGAGAUAGGCUCCAGCGCCCCCCGCGACCUCAAAGGAGACAAGCAGUAGGAAAUGGAUGGAUGGACGUUGUUGUCAACUAAAGAAAACAUUUAUUUACAAAUUUGAUUUCCUGUGUGAUGUGGUCUCAUGUCCUGUGUGAUGUGGUCUCAUGUCCUGUGUGAUGUGGUCUCAUGUCCUGUGUGAUGUGGUCUCAUGUCCUGUGUGAUGUGGUCUCAUGUCCUGUGUGAUGUGGUCUCAUGUCCUGUGUGAUGUGGUCUCAUGUCCUGUGUGAUGUGGUCUCAUGUGCUGUGUGAUGUGGUCUCAUGUCCUGUGUGAUGUGGUCUCAUGUCCUGUGUGAUGUGGUCUCAUGUCCUGUGUGAUGUGGUCUCAUGUCCUGUGUGAUGUGGUCUCAUGUCCUGUGUGAUGUGGUCUCAUGUCCUGUGUGAUGUGGUCUCAUGUCCUGUGUGAUGUGGUCUCAUGUCCUGUGUGAUGUGGUCUCAUGUCCUGUGUGAUGUGGUCUCAUGUGCUGUGUGAUGUGGUCUCAUGUCCUGUGUGAUGUGGUCUCAUGUCCUGUGUGAUGUGGUCUCAUGUCCUGUGUGAUGUGGUCUCAUGUCCUGUGUGAUGUGGUCUCAUGUCCUGUGUGAUGUGGUCUCAUGUCCUGUGUGAUGUGGUCUCAUGUCCUGUGUGAUGUGGUCUCAUGUCCUGUGUGAUGUGGUCUCAUGUCCUGUGUGAUGUGGUCUCAUGUGCUGUGUGAUGUGGUCUCAUUUCUGUCUCAACAAACCUUUUCAUUAGGAACACAUGCUGGGAAUGUCUUAAAUAUUUUCCUCCCAAAACAAACAUUUGCUCUUCCAUUACAGUCCAAACUGUGGUUGUCAUGGCUGAAAUAUUUACUGAUUUUGAUGUUUGUACUUCAUCACAAUUGAGCUUUCAUACAUCAUCAGUUACAAAUCUAAAACAAAUGUGCUUUUAUUUUGAAGGAAGUCAUUGUGUAACUAAAUAAUAGGCGUGGAAAUCUGUGGGCAACUAGCUUGUCAUCCAAUUCACUGGCUGAUGAUUCCACUCAACACUCAUUUAUUUGCUAUAACCAUGAUAAAAGUAUUUUAAAAGUCAUUCUGAUACAUGAUGACUAACAUGAAUGGCAGCCAAACUGCGGAGCAAUAGUUCUUAGACGUCACCUUUCUUCUCCAGGAAAUUGUGAGUACAUGAAACGUGUUCCAUAAGAGGUUUUUGUCAACCAGUUAUUAUAAUUAAUGUACAAAUUAAUAUUCUGCCUUCUAAAUAAAGAAUGGAUUUGAAAGCC